AUGGCGACAACUACAACCGGCGGCGAGGCUGCAGCGGCCGCAGCUUCCCAACCAUCCAGGACGUCAAUCACAAUUCUCGACCUGCCAGCCGAAACCCAGCAGGAAAUUGUUUCCCACUGUUCUCAGGGUGAUCUCAUCUGUCUAGCCCUGGUGUCUAGACGGUUCCGUGAGCUGGCAGCAGCCCAGCUCUAUCGCAGCUUCCACAUCAUUUUCCCCGAUGACGAUGAUAUCAACAUUGAAUCCCCGAUUGACGGGUUGGCUGGUGGCCUGGAUACCUUCACCACCAGCGAAUACAACUAUGCUCAGCACCUGCAGGACCUCUCGAUGGACACUUUGAGUGCCGGUGUCAAAGGAGAGCAUUCGUAUCAACCUUACUUAUACAGCGCAAGCUGCGGAAAAUUCCUCAAUACAUUGUUGUACCUGACGUUAAAGCGAGCACAUUCUUUGGAGUCUUUUCGCUGGAAUAUUCGUGUUGAGCUCAGUAGACCCGUGUAUGCACAGCUUCACCGUAUCAAAUCUCUGAAGAGAUUACAUCUUCGGAUGCAGGCGGGAGAUUCGUAUUAUACACCGCCACCUCCCCUGCCUGUAUCUAUUGACAGUCAAUCUCAUCACCAGCCGAAUGGCCACUGGCCUGAUACGAUCCCUCCUCUGCAACCACUUGGGCCACCCAUACCAGCCUCUUUGCAACCACCUGGGAGCCCCCCUCCUGGGCCACCACCCGCUCUAUUACCGCCUUCGUCCAGACCGACCCCCAAAAACAAGCUAGGCAAGAGAGGUUCGGAUAACAAGGAACCAUUGACUCUGUCAGGUUUCAAGUCACUCAAGACCCUGUCCGUGUUGGACAUUGACAAUCUUGAUAUCCUGUCUGAACUCAGAACUUGUGUCAAAAACUGCUUUUCCACUAUCAAGGAACUCCAGCUGUCCUUGUCCGAUUCCUUGGCACAGCAGGCGCGAAGACCACCGACAGAUUCGGAUGCUGACGACUCAGAUGUUGAUGAUGAAUACCAGGUUGUUCCAACAUCAGAAAAUGCCACUAGCUUUGACACCACCGGCCCAGCAAAGGUCUUUCGAGCUCAAGAAGAGAGAAAGAUACAAGAAUCAAUUCUGAACAAGGUCUUUGACCUCGAAGAACCUCAUUUGCUCAAGAAGUCACCGGUACAACUUGGUGCCUCAUUAAACCUCCAACCAAAGUCUGAGACAACCACUCAAGAGUCAAAGGCUACGCCGGGUGACCCUCGCGAAGAGUACAUUUCAUCGAUUCGAACAGUAUCUACUAGGCUCAUGGCAAUUAUGCAUGGUUCUAGAGAUUUUUCCAUCUCUCAACAAGAAAUCCUUGAUACAAUUGAGAAAGCCUCGCGGAAAUACGUGGAAUCUGAUGUGGCUGGAGAGAAUUCAAUAUAUAAUGAGAGUGGCACGGUCAACCAUGCCGAAGAAUCGACGCCACAGAAGCCAGAAUCUACAGCCGACAUGGCGAGGGCAGGUACAGGUGCUGACAUCGAUCAAAACGAAACCCCACGUUAUAAUGCACCUAUUGCCAGUGAAGAUCUUGGUCAGCGCCAGCUGAUCAAUAAGGCGUCGUCCAACGGGGUUCGGGGAUCUCUGAACGGAGGGGAACUCUGUCCCGACGAUAUCGAUAUCGAGCACUUGGAAACUUUAGAUGAACACAUUGACGAAUUCGACGAUCAGCAGCCGACAGAAUUCUCCACAUCGAAAACUUUGGCGCCGCGACAAGGCCCAAGUGGACAAGAUGGUGAGUCCUGCGGUAAAUCAGGAACUACUUCAAAGCAGAACCUUCGAACGAUGAUGCCCAACCAAUAUCCUAUCCACGCAGAAUCCAGGCCCAGAAAAACAGACCGCACAGCAAUCAUCGAAAAGCUGGCACAACUGCGCCGAUUAGUUUUCGAAGCAGGGCAAAGAGUUUUGGAAAUUCGUGAUGAGAGGGUCAAUGAGAGCAGCUCUACUGUUGCCAACGCCCUGGACUCAGAACUUUCACUUCUCAGCCGAGGCGCAAUAGAAGUGUCUAAUGAGAUCAGGAUCCUUGAGUCUGAAAUCGAAGACCUCUUGGAUAGGCCUAGUACUCAGAAAAGCAAGAAUUUGAAGCAGGAUAUGGACUCAUAUGCACGCAAGACUAGGGGAAUGUCCAUUGAAACUCUGAAAAUUUGCCUCAUCCCCGUCAAGGCGUCUGUUUUGUCGCAAGCCAUUGAUGUGGCGUGCAUUAAAGAAUUGACCCUCAUCAAUGUUGGAAACCAAGCGCCUAUUUGGUCUAUGCUCACGAAAGAGCAGAAGUUUCGCCCGAUUGCUUUACGGAGUGUUUUUACAGACCAUGUUUCCGCCUCAUUCUUGACGUGCAUGGCACUGCUUCCAGAACUAGACGAUCUAUUUAUGCUGGAGCGAAGUGUCAAGCAUAAACCUGAAAGCUUUGCGCCCCGUACCGCUACAUCAAUCGAUCAAAUUCGCCGGUUGGUGCUCAAAAAGCACAUGCCAACUCUCAAAAGACUUAUGAUUAAAGACGAAUCCAAUGGACCAAACUGGGACACCAAUGUAAAGACGAUGAUACUUGUAUGCACCCGAGGCGCAAAGCUGGAAGAACUUGCAUUAAGCAUGAACAUUCAUACUGUGCAUGCUUUUGUGCAGUACUUUUCUGGCCUCAUCAAUCUCCGGGCAAUCAAUAUUCUUCACUUCAAGAACAAUGACACCUGUAUCUGGGUCAUGCGGGAAUUACUGCGAUUCAUUGUUGACAAUCUUUCUCACCACCCCCAACUGAAGCUGGAAUGGAUAGCCAUGGAGGACGACCGAGUCGACCGAGUGGUGCGGCCAUCGGAGUGUUCUGCGGAUCCCUCUUCUCAAGAGCCAAUGAACAGGACAAAGAACAAGGGAAAAGACAAGGCUCACGCUCCCGCCAAUGGCAGCUCGUUGCAAGAAUACCCUGUAUUUCCUCUAGAGGGCUUGGAUUCUGAAAGCGAAAGCGAGGACGAAGGCAUGGACAGUGGAUCUCGACUGAGGUACAAGACGGUUGGCCCCCUGCCAUUUUAUGAUGUGUGGGGAGUAAAAAUAUUUGAAAAGGAAAUUCGUAGCGGCAAGCUGUAG